CCGAACGCAAAACAACUAUAGAACGGCAGUUAAAGUUCCAAGGCAAUGUCAAAAUACAAUGUAAAUCCCGAUGACAACCAUACACAUCCAGAUUGGACCGUGAGGUUCAGGAAAAUAUGAAGCGACUGUGUGGGAUGUUUGAUAAGGAUGGAUGUCGACGACUGGACAUUCGAAACCACGUGACUGCCAUUUUUCCCGAGUCGGGGAACUCCGACUCAGGGCAACACCUGAGGAGGAGCGUGCCAGGCCGCAGGACUUACGACCAAAGUGUUAAAACGUCAUCGACUACAGUAUCCGCACCUCAAAUUUUCUGGACACCAAGUGCAAUGCUUCCAUGGGCAGACUUAAGGCUGGCGAGGAAACUCUAGCCCAAUCAGACCGGAGGACAGUCGACCUAUAUCUGGACGUCUGGACCUACAAAAUGCCCUCGUGGACGAAUAUGCGAACGAAAACCCCCAAACGGCCGGGGAGGUAUACAG